GGUGGUGCUCCUCCAGUAGUGACAGCGACGGUUAUGGGUACCGCUCCUCCGCCUCCACCCAUGAUGAUGCAACAGCAGCCGGUUCCGGGUACUAUGAUCGCUCCUGGAGCCCCACCAGCACCGUAUGGAGGAGGAUAUGGGGCGCCCGCCCCUCCACCUUAUCAACAACCCGCGCCCUAUGGGUAUCAGGCCCAACAGGGCUAUACUGCGGGCGGAGCAGUUCCUAUGGCAGCAGGACCAUAUGGUGGUCAGCAGUACCAGCAGCAGAUGUACGGGAAUCAGCCAGUCGGUGCUCCUAUG